AUCACAUAACCUCGUAACGAUCGCUAAUUCGUCGCCGUAAAAAAAGCAAACAAUUGUGCAUAUUACAUCGAUUUAUUAAGCUUUGUUAUAAUUGUUUUAUUUAUUAAUACUAAGAAGAAAGACUGCUUGUAUUUUUACAUAAUUUUUUUAAUUUAUAUCUUUAUACUGAUUUGUUAUUCUUUUUAAAAUUGUGAUUAAUUGUCGAGAUGGCUGAGCUAGAGCAACCCGAAUUUCAUCUUGGACCCGAUCCCAAUGUCACGUAUCCAAUUCAAGUUCAAUAUUGUGGAAACUGCUCUCUUCCUCUUGAAUACUGUGAAUACUACCCAGAGUACGACAAAUGUAAGCAAUGGCUGGAAAGAAAUCUUCCAAAAGAAUUCGAGAAGAUGAAGCUGAUGGAAGACGGAACCGCUGAGUCUGGUGCUGGUGAUGAUGAGAAGAAAAGACAGAAGCGAGGUGGUAAAGGGAUGCUAAAAACCAAGAAGAAAGAGGAUGUUCCUAAGCUGAUUACUGUUUCUAGAGCCCCUAGGGGUAAAAAGAAAUCAGUAACAGUGGUCACUGGCCUCAGUACUUUCGAUAUUGAUCUGAAGGUCGCAGCCAAGUUCUUCGGAAGUAAAUUCGCUUGCGGUUCUAGUGUCACUGGAGACGACGAAAUAGUUAUUCAAGGAGAUGUUAAAGACGACUUGUUUGACGUAAUUCCGGAAAAAUGGCCACAGAUUGACGAAGACUCAAUCGACGACUUGGGAGAUCAGAAGAGAUGAUAAGUUUAUAAAAUUUCAUACAAUCGCACAAUAUUUAUCACACCUCAGAUAUUAACAAUAAAGAAAAUGUAAAUAAAAUAAA